UUCCUCGUGUCACAGCGUCGCGACGCUCGUGUGUCAUAUCUCUUUAGAACGCGCUGCUACGCACGUUGUUUGAUCCGCACGGUCCGUAUGAUCGACGCAGAAAUGCUGGUCACAAAGCCGGAGCGAAACAAAGCCGAUCAGAGGCUCAAAUGCAUUCGGCCGUAAAAAGUUGGUUGCAUCGUGGCGAACUCGAGAAGCUCGAAAAUGUCGUAUUGGAGGGUCGGGGCACUCGCUUGUUAGGCGAACAAUCGCAGGAUCUUAGAACUCGUGUCUUCCUGAAGGGACUCCCGAACUAUUUGACGAAGAUUUCUCAAGUGCACGAUGCUGUUGCACGUGGCUCGUUAGCUGAAACGCAGAAAAUAAUAUCUGAGGAGUCGAAGAAAAAGUUGGCGAUCGCGAAGGAUUUAUGUGGGGUACCCUUGAUACACAAAGCAGUCUACUACGAUCAACCCGAGAUCGUUGCUUGGCUCAUAGAAAAUUACCCUAUUACUCCACAACAGAAAGAUAGAGAGGGACGAACAGCUUUGCAUUACUGCUGCGCGUGUAAAGAUCCCGAUUCGAUUUGGGAUCUUCUCAUAGAAGGCGGAUGUGACGCUAGUAUAUGUGACAAGAAAGGAAACCCGGCCUCUUAUUACCUAGAACACCCCGCGGAUAUUGAAUUACCCGAAGUGCAAGAGAUGACGACUCGACGAAGGAAAAGUACUGGAAAAGAUAGUGGUAUGGAUUUUAAACCUUCCAAUGUCAGGAUAUGGAUACACAACAAAGACAUCGGAAAAUUACAGCAGGUGUUGUGGGAGGGACACGGAUCCAAACUUCGAUGCGAGACCAGCAACAAUCCGCGAAUAAGAAAAUUCCUAGAGGCCGUGCCCUUUAUUAUGGGUACAAUAAAAGAUAUCCACGCGAUGGUCAUUAAUAACGAUUUGGAGGGUCUCAAGAAGAAAUUGGAUGAGCCUAUUUCGCCCAUUGUUUUGUCAGGCAAGGACGGCAACGGCUUAAAUACCCUACACAAGGCUGCUGGUUUGGGAUACACGGACGUCGCGCGUGAAAUUCUCGAAAGACAUCCCGCAACGGUAACAGCUCAGGACAACGAAGGAAAAACUCCGUUGCAUUAUGCAGCUGCGAUUAAGGACGACGGCGUCAUGUACGAUCUCCUGACAGAGUACGGAGCCGACGAAAGUAAACUGGAUAAUAGACAAAAGGCGCCCGCAUUUUACAAGAAUCGCCCUUCGGACGUAGACCUGUCGAAUUUGUCAUUGAUACCGGAAGCGCCCCGAGUUUCCGAUACUUAUCCGAAAAGUUGGGACUGGAGAAUCUUGGACGCAGGGCAAACUAUGCGAGGCAUGAAAAAGGUUAGCAGUGACGAUAGCGCUUUCGGUAGCGCCGAAUCCACAAUGAAGGAUUCGGACGGCUCGAACGAGAAGGUAUAUUUGUCAUCGUUGUCUAAGAUAUAUGCACGACAUUCUGCCUAUUUGGUGGAACAGAAAGUCGACGAUGAGCAACAAGAGAACGAAGAAGCCGAGACUCCAAAUGGAGACGAGGAGGAAGCACAGAAUGUAGACGAGGAGAAAGCACAGAAUGGAGAUGAAGAUGAGGCAAACGACUUGGGAGACGAAAACGAAGCCGCAGAAAAUAACGAGGAUAAUGCCACGAAUGAGAAUGAAGGGGAGCAAGAAGAGAAGGCAUCAUCGGACGAUGACGUGGUAACUGGACCUGUCGCGGAGCCAACGAAGGACGAGGAAGAUGGGCCUGAGGCCGCCGUUAAUGAGGACGGUAUCUACGAAGAAGUCCCAAAAAUCGAGGAAACUGCUGCCGAUAACGAAACCGCCAUCGAACACGAUGAAAGAAACGAGCCUAGCACCGGCGAUUCCGGCGUCGACGAUCCUACGCAAGACGAGGAGCAGGUCAUCGUUGGCGAGCACAAGGAGCCCGCGGAGGUAGAAUUGACUGAGGGUAGCAUGGCCCGGGAUUCAGAAGUGGAGGGUCUGCUGGAGAACGGUAAUAUGGAACAAUUAGCGGCUCUCGUUCUCAACGGCGAAGGCCGACGACUGGUCGGACGACAGACCGGAAAUCCUGAACUCCAGGCUUUCAUCGAUAACGUUCCGGCUUACAUGGGAAAAAUCCAUGCCGUGCACAUAGCAGCGCGAGAGGGGAAUCUUCGCGAUCUGCAAAGCGCAUUGGAUCGGCGCAAAUUCGCGAUAGCGCGUGACGAAUCGUCGCCUCACGGUGCAACGCCAUUGCACGUGGCCGUUGUCUUCGGAAAUACCGCUGUCAUCAGGUACCUAGCAGGCAGGUUUCCAGAAACCGCCAACGCAAUCGACCUCGACGGACGUACUCCGUUGCAUUACGCGGCAACGCUCGCAGACAACGGUCAUUAUUACAAUCUUUUGCUACACCUGGGUGCCAAUCCUUUAGUAGAGGAUAAUUUCGAACAAAAGGCGGAUUAUUACAAGCAAAAUCAAAGCGAUCUGUCGCACAAAAAGCUUCUACGAGAUUUCGGGGCUAGCGAGAAGCUCGCCGACGAAAUGUUGACGGAUAAAGUACCCGGAGGUGAUAUCUACUCGGCUCGGCGGGAUGUGAGCGAGCCCGAGAUCCUGGCCACCCUGGAACGAUGUUUCCGAUUGCUGGUGGGCAACCGACGAUUGUCGAUACCGAAGACACCGUCGAACGCCGGUACACUAGUCGCUCGUUGCCUGAGACAGCCCGUAUUCGAUUUGAUCAAGCACCGUGUGACUCGCAUGGAUCACAAUCUCUUUGACGUGAUCUGGCCUGCUCUGAAAAGGUACGGUACCGUCACGGGCACCAGCAGCAAGAUCAACAGCGCCCGCUCGAGCAUCAGCAGUGUCGCGGACGAGGAUCACGGUUACGGCGUGGUAGCGCCCGACUUCGAGAGUUACGUCGUCUUCACGGAGUUCUUCGAUCCCUUCAUUCGGGAGCUGCACUGCGUAACCGCGAGCGGCGACCUACCCGAUCACCCACCACCACGUUUCUUCAACAUCAACAACGAAGAUGGCGAGGAGGCCCCGCCGGAUGAAGCGAUCGUUAUCGCGAUCGAACAAUAUGAUUUAGACCCGACCGCCAAAUUUAUCCAAGCCGGUAUUUUAGAAUGCACUCGGAACCUAAUUAAUUACAGCCUGCCAUUGACUUUGACGGUCAAUCAACUGGAAGAAGUCGAAAGGGAAAUCACCAAUCAGCUAAUGAGCCCAGAGAUAACUGAUCUGUUGGCGGAAGGCAGCAGCGAGGACGAGGCCGGCACGUAUUUCACGCUCAGCGAAAUUCUCGAUCAACCCAGCCGAAUACGGGCGCAAUUGGCGGCAGCCGGUCUACUGCUGCCGAUCACAGAAUUCGAGCCGAACGACGACCGGCGUCUUCACGGCAAGCACUGGCCUUACGGGCGCGGUGUGUACGUCACCACCGCUGGCGAUCUCGCUGCGUGGGUAAACAUUCAGGAUCACUUGAGGAUCAUUUGUCGUACCAACGAGAACCGGCCAGGCCUCGUUGGUCGGGCUUACGUCAGGGUAGCUAAACUGAUGAUGAUAUUCGACCAGAGGCUGAUGUUUAAACGGAAUCAGAAACUAGGUUUUCUGACCGCCCGCCCGCACACCCUCGGCAACACCAUCAGAUUCUGCUUCAUUGUACGAUUCCCUGAACUUUCGAAAACGCCUGAUAAUUUGCGGCACCUGUGCGUGGUGCGUGGCCUGAACGUGCGCGACACCGUGAAGAGCGAUAUGGUGAGAGUCAGCAAUCAGCAAUCGCUAUCCAUUACCGAACUGCAGACCCUCCAGGACUUUUGCAGAGCGGUGCACAACAUCAUCACACUAGAGAAAGAAUUGUCGUUGAACAACUCGAUGAAGAUCGCCAAUCUUAUCACUGAUGAUAGCGGAGUCGACAUUCCAAUAUUUCGCUCGGAGGAAGGACGUUACUUAGCAUCAUCACUUGGUGAUCCCUUAAUUAAAGGAUUAACAGAAGUUGCUAACGCACGUCCAAAAGAUCCGAUUGCAUAUCUCGCAACAUAUUUAUAUAACUUUGCUAGCAAGAAUAAAGCCAAUGAACAGGAAUCCGACGUUCUCAUUAUACCCGAUCGCGAAGAGGAAAAUUUGGGUAAUGUCGAGAACCACGCGUUCGACGAUGACGCCGGCUAUCCCCGAAGCCCAGAUUCGGACGUACCUGAAUCCACAUUUAGCAAUCCUAAUAGAGACGAACAUGGACAAAGUAUGAUCCACUUCGCGGCGGUUCGUUCCUAUUCGAAGGAUGGGUUGUAUCACCUGCUGCUGGAAACGCAGGUCAAUGUCGGUUUCAGGGAUGAAUUGUAUCGGACAGCCAGAGAUGUUGCCGAACAGGCGAAUAUCCGAGAGAACGUCGAGGAGAUCGAUCGCUUCGUUGUUUAUCUUGCGGCAAGAGGAGAGACUGAAAAGUUGGUCGAGCUUCUGCUCGAGGGCUACGAUCAUAUUCUCGACGCCGAAGAUGACGGCGUAAACAUCAUCGACGUGGCCGCGCAAAGACAGCACGAAGCCACUGUGCAAUUUCUGCAAUCAAUUCCUAAUUACGUGAAUCAACGCGAAGAGGUACACGCUGCCAUUCGGACCAUCGACGAGGAUCGUGCGAAGGAACUAUUGAGUAAAACUAAUGGGGGUGGGAAAUUGCUGGCGGUUGGAAAGAACUCGAUCGGCCGAUGCGCCCUGCACAUCGCCGUACUUCGGGAAGAUGAAGGGCUCGUCAAGUUUAUCGCAAAAAUGUAUCCGGAAACGUUACGCAUCGGCGAUAAUUUGGAGAGAACGGCUCUUCAUUACGCAAUGGGCGUGCCGUCCGUGGAAGCCUUGAGUAACAUAUUGAUCAAGGCGGGAGCAAAACGCAUUGUUAAAGAUCUGAAAUCUCGACAGCCCUCAUACUACUUCAUGAAUAAAUCUGAUAUUGAGCGACUUCAAGAAGAAGAGAAAUCCAUGACUGCGUAAAUCAUAAAAUUCUAAAAUAUUUUUGCACUCGUAAUAAUACAAUCACACUUUAAUAUGUUCCUGCGUUCGAUUGAAAUGCGUAUUGAGGGCCGACGAUAGAGAAGAGAAACCGAUAUAAAUAAAGAUAACGCGUCAGAUAAUCUCCUGUUACGUAUAAAUUGUUUAUGACGUCGAAGAUAGAAUAAGUGUAUUUCGAAGAAUCUUAAAGCUCUUUCUAUAAUUUAAAAAUAUAUGUAUUCUAUGUUAUAUUUUAUUGUAUUUGUACAUAUACUAAUCGUAAGAAUAUUUUGUGAAAAAAAAUUUCAUUGUCAGGGCUUGAACUAACUCUGGUCGGCCCCUGUUAAGAGAAGUACGAGUGUUAGUAUAAUAUAUGUCAUCGAAAGUAUACGAAUUCAUAAAUUAUAUGAACCAUGUCAAAUGUCGAGACAGUUUAGUGCCUUAUAAAUAAAUGUAAUGAGACUGCAACA